AUGGAUUUCGCACAGUAUGCUGGUUGUGGCGGCUUAAGCCACGUAUUAACGCUCCAGUGUCUUCGAAACAAAUCAUCAGGUGAUAUUCGCACGGCGACCGAAGCGUAUGAAGCUUCGGAGCCUGUUAAUUUAGUGAACAAAACAUGGGUUCCUGUUUACGACGGGGACUUUGUUUUAACAAAAACAGACCAGCUUCUAGAGGAAAUGGGCAGCACACCCGGUAAUUCAAAAUUUACAACAUUCCAUGAUGUGGACUUGAUGAUAGGUGCAACAAAAAUGGACGGGAAUGUUUUUCUCGGGAAUUGGCUGACUUACAUUAACGAAUCGUCAUAUGGUCCUAUGACAGAUUUCUUUAAUGUCACGGCGGAACAAUUUGAAAAUGUUGUCAUUCCUAUGGCUGCAGCAAUAUCACUGAGAGAAAAACCUUGUUUGCCUUCUCUCGAAGCUAUAAAAAUUGAGUAUACAGAUUGGGAGAAUCCGGGAAAUCUGACAUACCGGCUUCAAAACCUUAUUAAUAUAGGUACAGAUUUCGGUUUGAAUGCCCCUUCUGUCGCCACAGCUAGAGCUCAUACAAACAGCAACACAUCAACGUACAUGUAUCAAUUUGCAACUGCCUCCCCUAGAACAUUCCUACCCAUACCACCUAUGCUUCUGAGUGAACAAAGUGCUGGUCAUGCUGACGAGGUUGGCUUCGUGUUUGGAUUUCCACUAGCCUUGUUGGUGCCAUUCGGAGCCAGUCUUUCCAGUGUUACGGCGGAACAAAUGAAAGUGUCUAAAGCAGUUAUGGCUAUGUGGAGCAAUUUUGCCAAAACAAGGAAUCCAAACACACCGAUGGACCUACAGUCUAUUUAUAGUAAUCUACAAUGGCCGUCCUAUGACAUAGUGACAGAAUCCUACCUAAAAAUUACCUCGAAUAUGGGCGCAAACUCUGCAGGAACAAGACUUGCAGCAAGAGCAGUUGAAUUCUGGAACGACUUAUUACCAUCACUUCAGUCUCUUGGAAAACAAUAA